GAUGCACUCUCCCCGUUGGUUGAAUUUCCACCAGUAGGCGGAAGCUAACGCAAAACUCUAAACAGAGCCGUGGUUGUUAAUUCCUAGCUUAACUAUGGAACACAUACAGCUUUUGCCACCAGAAGUUUGGGUCUAUGUUCUCAGCUACCUGAGCACGGAGGAAAAACACACUGUCCGCUUCUGCUGCAAACACCUAAAGAAUCUCGUCGACCACCCGUCUCUGUGGAGAGACUACACGGUGGUGCUGUCCGACCUCCGACGUUAUACGUACGGGUUCUGGGACACUUUAAACUACCGCAGUCUCACCCGAGUAACGGUGCGGCAUUUGGGGCGCAAAGAGUGGCGACGCCUCGUAAAGUUCCUCCCGUCACUCUCCACCAUUGUGUUUGUGGACGGAGGACGGCAGUAUAAGGAGAAAUACUUGGACGCCCUUUCCAUGUUCCCCGACCUCAGGGGUGUCGGGGUGCGAAACGCUAUCUGGGAUGAGCCGGUUCUGGGGCACAAUCUGGCAGUCCAGCUGGGGGAGCGGCUGACUCAGUUGAGCGUGUGCAACGUCCGUCUGCCCAACACGGUGCAGUUCAUCAACAGCGUGUCGCACAUGGUCAACCUGCGGUACUUGCUCUUCCACCAGCAGGGAGAGGGCUACGGGCUGGACACGGUCAGGCCGGUGCCCUGCAGUGUUUUCCACAACCUGCUUCUGAACCUGACCAAGCUCAAACACCUAUCCUGGGGGAUGAAAGGGGAGCCACCGGAACCCCUACCAGAUGAUUAUUUCAGCCCCGCGGAACCGGACCAACCAGUGUUCUGCUACGGUGGCCCUGUGCUGACCACUCUGGAACUGGUGGAUUACCCAGAAACCACCCUGUCAGAGAAUGCGCUGAGGAGUCUCACCUCUCUUGAGUCGCUGUCUGUCAGGUACAGGUACAUCAGAGAGGGCGUUGAGUGUCGCCUGCAGGCCUGGCUGAGUCCUCUGCAACACUUAAAAUCUCUCACUAUCAUCGGUGGGAAUUCUCUCACUACCUAUACCACCACCAUCCCACCCAGUGUGACCAGGCUGACGCUGCGAGUAGCCAUAACGCUGAAAGACAUGGACUCUAUUGCGCCUAAAGUCCCAGGACUGGAGCACCUUGACAUUGAACAGAACCGCUCCAGUGGCAGUCUCUGCAGACGGAUCCCUAUGCUGUUUCCUCAACUCAAGACACUCAGGAUACGAUUUUUCCGCCGGGAACCAGAGAAAGACCUGCUGAGCCUCCACAAGCUGCGACACCUGGUGCGGCUGGAGCUGAUUGUGGAGCGUUCGUUCAUCCUCCGAGAUUACCUCAAUGGGCACCCUUGGCCGAGCCCAUCUGUGCAGGGGCUGAUCAGUGAGCUGCAGGAGCUGUCUGAGAAGAGGAUCACGGUCAUAACCACCAUGCGUCAAAGGAACCCACUGCGUGAAUGUGACUGUGUGUGGGAAGGAGACUGAACGGGUGCGAGGCAGAAAUGUGGAAAUUAAGUUAUUUUUCUUCCCAAAAGCACUGCACCAGAAUGAGCAGCGUCAAAAAGACUUGAGGUAAGAGCCACCUGUUGUCUGAAGGAAAACGUAUGAAGGCAGCCAUGGAUCAGGAGUACUGAAGGUCUUCUCGGUCAUAAAGCUGAUAAAUAGGCUGAAAUGUGACACAUUUUUUGGCAGCAAACAAGAACAGAGUAGCAGUUGCAUCAUGUUAUGUCUGGCUGGUUUGUAAAAUGGUGCAAUCCACAAACAAAAUGAUUAUUAAACAAUGCCUUACAUGCUCAGGCAUGGUCUUUAAAGACAUAAGAAGCUCUUAAAAAAUCAGAUCUGGCAGUUUAUUCCAGUUACCAAAGUGACUGAUUCAAGUAGCCUGUAUUGUUCUGUAAGAUCUGACAGUACUGUAACACAUGAAGAACAGUAGCAGCAAGUCAUGUUUUGAGAAGACUGUGUAAGUUGAAAACUCCUUAAAAAAUUCUUUCUUAAACAGAGAUGUGCUGGGAUCAGCCUGUAUUGCCCCCGGUGUCUGACACAUCUGUCAGAGGCAAACGUUUAUCUGUUGGGUCUUCUGAGUUUUGCUUUCUGGAUGAGUAUUUAAAGAUAGUUUGAAGAGCUGAAAAGACUCUAAUACAGGUUCAUUAUUUUAAUAAAGGAGAUCUUUGUGUCCUUGACAGAAAGGGGGAAAUGAUGAGAAAAAACUAAACUGGGUAAGAGGACAAAGACCAGGAUCAAAGUUGUCUAGUGGUCAAAAUAUUUUUGUUUUGAAACCAUUACAAUGAAAAGUCAGGACCAGAAACGGCUCCUGUGUUACUGCAAAAAUGCAUCAUUGUUACGUUUUGAGUCCAGGGGACUUAAUUUUUGAAUUUUUUGAUUUCAAAUUGAUCAUUGCAAUAUUUCAGCUUUCAGGUUGUGUAAGCUAAUUAUUAUUUAUUUAUUUAUUGCUUUUCAACAAACCCUACAGUUAUUUCUGAAGAGCAACAUUUUGACUUUUCUAAAUGUCUGCAGAUUUUUUUUAAAUUUUUUUUUUUUAACUUUACAAUUUGAUUUUAGCAAGAAAUGCAGAAGGGCAGUCGCAGUAGUUUUAAAAACUCCUUUGUGUUCAACGGGAUCAAUGUUACAUUUCUUUGCUGAGUGCUUUACUUUUGUGGAUGAAUUAAAAUUCAUUUGAAAAAUUUGUUUUUUUUCUGUGAUUUAUACAAUAUGGAAAGUCCUAAAAAAUUGAUAUAGAACUUCCAACUGUUUUGAGUCUUUUAGUCAAGAUUCUGCAGAAGAAUGAGCUGAACACCCAGUACUCUGUGCAGGCUUGCUCCCACAUGUUUAUUAACAGUAAAUACAGUGCCAUCCUGCCAAAUGUCUCAGUGGAUUAAAGCUAUUUCCUGCAAACA